AUGAAGAUAGUGGGAAUAACAGGAGGAGUCUGCACAGGCACGAGCACAGUGAUAGACUACAUAGAAAAGAAGGGCUUUGCUGUGAUAAAGGCACCCGAAAUAUACGCGUACCUGGAGGGAAUAGACGCUCUCUCCAAAUACAACCUGAGAAUGCACCUUACAAACAAAGAAAAUGCGAUAAAGACCCUUGCCAGAACAUACUUUCUAAAGUACCUCAAGAACCGAGAGGUGUUCUUCCGCCUCAUGUGCAAAGCGGUUGUCUUUGUGGAAGUGCCCUUCCUGUUUGAGUGCGGGCUUUCCGGAUACUUCUCGCAAAUAGCCGUUAUAACGUGCGGGCCAAAAACGCAAAAAGAGCGGCUAACCCUGAAGUAUUCGAUGGAUCGCAGCGAAAAGAAGAAUGCAAGCAAGUUUUCGCUCUCCGAAAAGGACGCCCUGGAAGUUGCUGAGCACCAGGCGCAAAUGUUGGAAAAAAGGGCGCACUGCGACACGGUUAUAGACAACAACAAGGGAAUAGACCACACGUUCCUGCAAGUAGAUGCUUUUCUGAACACGCACAGCAAGCUAUCCGUCUUCUACCUUGUCAUCGUGACAGUUGCAGUCGCCUCAAUAUUUCUGCCAAUACUUGCCAGGUACAAGGAGGAAGCAAGCCGCGCUGCAAAGAAAGCGAAGUCCGCAAUAGACGCAAUAAGAAAGAACAUCAAGAACCACCGAUAUGGCUGA